AUCGUAGGUCACGGCGUCCAUACCUACGCCCGUACAGUUGCUAUUGCUCAAGCAGUCGAUGCCAGUAUCCGACGAGAAGCCACUCAGACACAAGCCCAGCCAGUUGCUCAGCCACCAGCCCAGUCCAAAGUUGCCCAACCAUCAACCAACAAGAAUAAAAGGAAGUUCAAAGGGGGUCCAGACGACCGCAGGAACCGCCAAAGACGGAAAUCAAUACCAGAAUGCCCAACAUGCGGGAAACACCACCGUGGAGAAUGCCUCGUGGGCCAGAACAUUUGUUUUUUUUCCACCAGCCAGGCCAUAUCAGCCCCAACUGUCCAGAACGACUGCAACAACAACCGCAACAACGUCAACCACCACAGCAACUUCAACAACAACAGCCCAGGCAGCAGCCACCACGACCCCAACAACAGCCACGCGGCAGACACCAGGCCCGCGUCUUUGUA